AUGAGAUUCUGCAGCCUCUUAUCGUUGUUAAGUCUUAAUAUUUAUUUGGAAGUGUUUGCCAAUGGAAAAGGCAAUCGUUACUUUUUGGAGAAGCAGCGCUUUUUGCUGGAAAUUCUGCAUCAUGUGGAUGAACCUUUGAUGAACGAACAAUGGAGACUGUUGGGGCAGCAGCUGGUAACCGAUAAGGAACAGUAUGUGGUUUACAACGACCACAUGGUGGAGUUCUACAAGGACUUUGCUUUGGGAAAACUUUUACCCAGAAAUAAAUAUUACAACCCACUCUACGCCGAUCAUUACCAGCAGACUCUGGGACUUUAUCACUUUUUCUACAACACUAGGGACUGGUAUACAUUGUGGCAAAACAUUUGCUGGGCCCGAGUUCACAUCAAUCCAGGAGUCUUCGUUCAAGCCUUAACCCAAGUGAUCUUCAAAAGGGAAGAUUAUCAGGCCCUGAUAAUGGCCAAGAUCUAUGAACUAUGGCCAGAAGCGUAUCAUGACGAUGUGACCAUAGGAAAGGCAAGAAAGUUUAAUUUUGCCAACUGGAUAAGAUACGAUAACAUAAGUGAUAUUGAAGAAGUGCAUCCCCAAAAACUGGAGCCUUUGAGUUUGGAAGGAGAUCUGCGAAACUCGCUGGAAUGGUUCCAGGCCAUGGCGGAUGUGAAUAUUUUGAGAAUGAGGCAUCAGAAAGUUGGCCAUAGGCUUCAGCAUUUGCUAGGGGAUAUAGGUUGGCAAUCCUAUUGGUAUAAUCUGAAUAUGGGAGUGGCUUUAACUGAAGACUCAGAUCAGUUGCAGGAAUGGUGUUACUAUCAAUUAAGUCAAAUUCUAGCUCGUUAUAAACUAGAACGUUAUGGCCAACACUUGUCGUAUAAGAGGUUAACUCUAGAAAAGGAUAGCCAAAAACAUAAGCAAAGAUUCAGGGAAGAGUCCUCAAAAACUACCAGGAUUAUUAAUAAAAAGCUAAAAGAAUUGGAGGCUAGAGUUGGUGAUGCCAUUACCUUCAGAGGCUUUCAGUUGGCUAAUGGCAGCUAUAUAAACCUAAAAGAUAACAACAAUUGGCUGAUUGGACUUAAAGAACUAUUCCCCUAUGAUUGGUCUAAACUAAAUAUAGAAAAAUCUACAGAGCCUGAACUUUUACUAGACCUUCGCACUUCGCUGAGAUCUGAAAACUUUUAUUAUUAUGCCGAGCGAUUAUUGCAAUCAUAUCGUUGGUAUCGCCAGGCCUUCAAACCCACUAAUCAUGAAAUGUUUAUUCCCAGUGAUUUCCGCAUAGAUGACAUCCAAAUAAGUCCUUUGAUCACUUACGAUGAACCAGUUGAUGUGGAUCUCAGUAAUAUCCUGCAUGCCAAGCAUUUUUACUUGGCUGGCCAGUUUGUGUGGCCUUUCACCUUGCAACAACGACAGCUUCGACUGCAACAUAGGGAUUUCACCUAUAAACUUCAAAUAUCAAGCAACAAAACUCAAUCUACAAUAUUUCGAACUUUUCUAACUACUGCAGAACAUGGAAAAAUCUUUGGAGAGCCCUUCUAUCAAUUAGAUUCAUUUCUAACAGUGAUUUAUCCAGGAGUUAACAGGAUAUCCAGGCCUUCAAAGGAUUUUAGAGGCCUGACUGGUGAUCACAUCUCGUACACCGAACUCCAUCAGUUCGUAAGGCUGGCUGAGAGAGAGGAAUACGAUUUCCCCUUGAAUAUUUCCACACCCAAUUGCGGGUUCCCCAGGCGUCUGAUUUUACCGCGCGGUGGCAAGGGAAAUCCCCUAAAGAUGCGGCUUCUUAUCGUGGCCACUGUUUAUGAUUUCAAGGCCCAUGAGGGCAAUGAACUCAAUUGCGACUUCACCAAGGGUGUCAGUCGAUGGGAUGAACUGCCUUUGGCCUAUCCGUUUGAGCGGAUUUUGGAAGACGAUAGCCAAGCUGUGGAAAUCUCUGGUGACCAUGUUUACUGGAAAGAUGUGGAAAUCCUGCAUGAGGAUCAGUCGGAUUAA